AUGAAAAUUAUUGAGAAAGAAAAAAGUUUAUAUAUACCAUUUAGAUCGUUUGAAACUUUUGAGUAUCCGGAACUUGGUAAUUCUAAAAAUGUAGUGUGGAAUUUGAAAACUGCAUCAAAAUUGGAAAAACUACGUUACGUAAUAAUUGGAUUACAAAAAGGGCGAAAGAACACACUUGAAAAAGAGUGUAGUUUUUUUGAUAAUUGUAAAUUGACGAACGUUAAAGUGAUUUUAAAUUCAAACAUAUACCCGUAUGAUAAUUUAAACCUUGAUUUUGAUAAGAAUAAUUUUACAUUACUUUACGAUAUGUAUGCAUCAUUUCAAGAAUCUUAUUAUGAGAAAGGGGAACGAAAUCCAAUAUUACGUCCGACUGAGUUUUGUAAGCAUGCACCGAUUAUAGUCAUAGAUACUUCAAAACAGAACGAUACAGGAACGGCGUCAACCGUUGAUGUUACUUUAGAACUCGAAUCAUCGGAUAGUUUUGUAGGAGUCACUGCAUAUUGUUUUUUAAUUCAUGACCGUAUUGUUGAGUAUGUUCCAUUAACGAGAGAAGAAAACUUGUUUAAACUCUAUGAAUUCUAG